UCUGCUUCUCAGUUCUCACAGAAAAAGUGAAAACCCCUCUUUUUGAACUAAAAUCAUCCAUCUGCGGUUAGAAAAUCAGAUAGAGAGAAUGUUUGGGAGGAUCAGAGCGUCGUCUUCCUCGCCGGAGAGCUUGGAGAGGCCGCCUUCCAAGAUUCUCAAAGAUGAUCCUCUCUCCAUUUACGAAGAUGGAGUAAAAGAAGGCAAAAGGUAUGUAUGCUUGAACUAUUCGGGCAUGUACUGUACUGUGGUGAGUUUCUCCAUGAUGUCAAACGGGAAGUUUUCUGCAUCUUUUGAUCGUGAGGCUACACUAAUGAAGCUCAAAUUAGGUUCGCAACGUGAGCUAAGUUCACCCUCCGAGCAGACGGUGCAAACAGAAGUCAAUUUUGAUUUAAGCUCAUCAUCCUGUGCUGGGGCUACCAGUAAUUCCAACAGUUUUGAAAAUACUGCAAUCUCCCCUUGUGAGGAGGUAAUGGCGAUAGAUACGGAAUGUUCUUCCAGAAGUGGUUCACCCGAUUCAGUUGAUUCUCGUUCCACUGGCAGCAUGAAAGAGCAACAGAGCAGGAGUAAUUCAGUUCUUUACCUCUUUUCUAAAUUUAUGAAUUCACGAGAGGUUGUAUGUUUAUCCUGUGAGGAUGCCAUGCAAUUACAGGAUGGUUGUUCUUCCAUUGUUUCAACAACUUCAAGUGACCGUCAAUCUCUUGGUCGCAUGGAACUGGAGAUAGAUCAGGAAUGUGUCAGCUCUUUACCUUUCUCCCAAAUGUAAUAUCCGAACUGGGUUUCUGAUCUGGGUUAGUAUUAGAAAGAUUAGAUUGGUACUGGGUUAGGUGGUUAAUUUGAGCUUGAUUUGCUGUUCUGCUAAGUUCAUAUUGUUCAAAACCCAUUUUUUUCUGUUGAACGCUCAAUGCCCAUGAUGAGGAAAUAUAUAAUCAGUGGAAAUGAAUUCAGCUGGUA